AUCAUGUCUUACCAUCCUAAUAACACUGCCUCUUCUUUGAUCUUCCUCCUGACUGGCGUUCCUGGACUUGAAGAUGCUCAUGCCUGGCUCUCUAUCCCCUUUUGCUGCCUCUACCUAACAGCUCUCUCUGGGAAUGGCAUGAUCCUGUUUGUUAUUAUCACUGAGUCAAGCCUCCAUGAACCAAUGUACUAUUUCCUUUCCAUGCUGUCUACUACUGACCUGGGCUUGUGCAUUUCUACAUUGGUCACUAUGCUGGGCAUAUUCUGGUUCAACGCCAGAGAGAUAAGUUUCCAUGCCUGUGUGGCCCAGACAUUCUUCAUCCAACUCUUCACUGUCAUGGAAUCCUCAGUGCUUCUGGCCAUGGCCUUUGAUCGUUUCGUCGCUAUCUGUAACCCACUGCGAUAUGCCACCAUCUUAACAGACUCCCGCAUCAUCCAAGUCUGGUUUGUGAUCCUCUUUAGAGGGACGGUGAUACUAAUGCCUCUGGUACUGCUUCUGAAACGCCUGUCCUUCUGUCGCAGCCACGUGCUGCACCAUUCCUACUGCUUCCAUCCCGACAUUAUCCAACUCUCUUGCUCAGACAAUAAAAUCAACAGUGCUCUCGGACUAACUGCCCUCAUCGUCACUGCAGGUGUGGAUUCCGUCUUCAUCCUGCUCUCCUACGUUCUGAUCAUUAAGACCGUCCUAAGCAUCGCCUCUCCAGAGGAGCGGCGCAAAGCUUUCAGCACGUGCAUCUCCCACAUCGGGGCUGUAGCCAUCUUCUACAUCCCCUUAAUCAGCUUGUGCUUUGUCCAUAGAUUUGGGAAACGAGCCCCGCCAUAUGUACACACUCUCAUGGCCAACGUGUACCUACUCAUCCCCCCGGUUAUGAAUCCCAUUAUCUACAGCGUGAAGACCAAGCAGAUCCGCAAAGCCAUUCAUAAAGUUCUUCUUCCCAAGGGAAGCCACAUUUGA